AUGUCUGUUACCUCUGUCACCCUCCAAGUCUGCGCAGCCGAAGAAGCCAGUGCAAAGCGCGCGUGCCAAGAACUUUCUGCACGUAGCGAUCUCGCCAUCUCGAAGCUCGACGCUGAGAUCGCAACCCUUCGGUUGAAAAAUGAAGCAGAGCCGUGUCCUGACCGCGCAGAAGACAUCAAGAGCCUUAAGCGCAACAUUCGUCGACUGGUCCGACACUUUGAGUCGGCCGAGACUUUUCUCAAGAGAAUUUACGACAACGCUCGUGAGCUGCGAACAAAUAUGGAACAUGGCUUCUUGAUCGACUGGCAUAUGUGGUCUGAGCAAGAGCGAGUAAAGAGAUUCGAGGCUGGUGAGAUGAACUACGAGGUUCUGCGAAAGCCGUGCAAUAUCAAGAUCUUGAGUGUGGGCUACAGCAACCGUUCCAACGACAGAUGUUUCCCGCCAGAGGACCCGCCAGAGGAGGUCGUCUUGUGUAUCGCCGAGGAGAUCAUUGCUGGACAGUACAAAAAACCCUCUGAGGGUGACUUGUGGAAGGACUGGGUUGCCACUGUUAAGGCAUAG